AUCGCGCAAUAUCUGAGGGACCGGCAAUGGCGGAGGAGAGCGGGGUAGCUGGUGAGGGUGGCGUGCGUGGGAUCACCGAGCUUAGGGUGGUGGAUCUGAAAGCCGAGCUCAAGAGGAGGAGCCUGGACACCAGUGGAAACAAAAGUGUUCUGAUUGAAAGGCUCCGACAGGUAAUAGAAGAGGAAGGAGGAAACCCUGAUGAACUUUCAGUCACACCAGACACCCUAAACAGCAGAACAUCAAAGAGGACUGGGAAAGGACACAGAGCUGAGGAUGGUGAGACUGAGGACUCUGCAGAAGAGGACUUUGCUGGAAAGCAGGAGGAUAUUGAAGCUUUUGUUGACCAGGAUCAGGACACCGAAGUAAUGAACGUGUCAGAAAUUGGGUACACUGAGUGUGCUGAGGCAGAUGCUGUUGUGGACAAAGCCAUGGAGUGUAUUUUGGACUCCACUUCAGUUGAUAAAGAACGAAAAGAGGCAACUGGAGACCCAGCAGAGGGGGAACAAAUGCAAGUUAAUGAAGAAACUGAAACAACUCUAGAAGAACCAGAAAAGGAGAAUGUAGCUGAGAAUUCGGGGGAGGCUUAUAGUUCAGUUCCUACAGAGGCGAAGCCCCCUGAAGAUCCUCGGGUAUUGAUGCAAUAUAUGAUUGAUAUGGAUGCCACCUAUAUGGAAGAGGAAAAUGGAAACGUGGUUCAAAUGGAGGACAGAAUUACGUUGGACGAAGCUGGUGAAAUGCAACCGGAAGGACCCAAGAUGGAGUCUGACUAUAUGCAAGAAAAAGUUGAUGCUGAGAAGAUGGACACGAUUGAAAGUAAUGAUAAGACGGAAAGUCACCAGCAGAAGCAUGAAGUAGACGAGGGAGAGUCUAAGGGAGCAGAAACAGAACCGCUGCCACGAUUUGAGGAAUGUAAAACAAGUGCAAGGAAUCCAGAAGAUGAAGGUUCUAACAAAGCAGAAAAGAAAGAACCUUCGAUUGUUGAGGGCAGUGAUCAGAAGAGCUCUGAGGAUGGAAAAGAUAUUAAGAAUGAGACAAGUGAAAAAGAGGAGCCAGGUUCCUGCAGAACCUCAGAUGCUACAGGCAAGAACCUGUGGGUGAGCGGGCUGUCCUCCACUACCAGGGCAACUGACUUGAAGAAUCUCUUCAGUAAACAUGGCAAGGUGAUUUGUGCCAAAGUUGUAACAGAUGCUCGUAAUCCUGGUGCCCGCUGCUAUGGAUUCAUUACCAUGUUGACACCUGAGGAGGCAACAGAGUGCAUUUCCUCCUUGAAUCAAUCUGAACUAAAUGGGCAAACCAUCACUGUAGAACUGGCUAAAAGUGAUCCUAGCUGUAAGAAACCUGCAGAGCAGAAAGCAGAGAAUAUGAACAAGGUCUCCAAACCAAGUUCCAGUCGAAGAAGUGGGCAUGAUAGGGAUCAUUCCAGAGAUGGGUCAUCUGUCAAUGGAAAAAGGGAUGAUCAGAAGGACAGUGGAGACGAUGGAAAACUGGAAGAUGUGAGAAGAAACAGACGGAGAGCAAGGGAUGACGGAUCCAGAUCAUACUCAAGAUAUCGAGAUUUAGAAAGAAGUCGAGAGAGGAGGCGGUCUCGGUCCAGAAGUCGUCAGAGGAGAUUUCAGAACAGAGAUAGAGGAAGAAAUUUUGUGUCCUUUGAUAAACUUAUCGCAAUGAGAGAGCGUGAGCGAGGACGUGAACGAGAGCGUCAUUGGGACCACAGAAGAGAUUUUUGGGAAAUGGAGAGAUUCAGAGAGCGAGAUAUAUGGGAGCGAGAAAGCCGACGGGAACGUGAAGGUAGAGAAAUGCUGGAGAGGGAACGAAGCCGCUUGCAAAUUGAGAGGAUGCGACUCGAACGAGAGAGACUGGAGCGAGAAGCACUGGAAAGAGAGAGGUUACUUAUAGAAGAAGAGAGGAGACGAGAACAGGAGCGAAUACAUCGCGAGAAGGAACAAUUGUUCCGUGAGAUGCACUAUGAACAAUCUAUGAGGAGGCCUUACGAUAGACCAUACGAAAGGCCGUAUGAAAGGUUUUAUGAUAGGCCUUAUGAAAGACCAUAUGAUAAGCCUUAUGAUAGCUUCAGUGAAGGUUGGAACAGUGAUCUUAGUCAGAAAAUGGACAGAUUUCCUGAUCAUUCCUGGCAGGAAGGCAUGGAUAAUGGAAUGAUGUCAAGGAAUCAUUGGCAAGGUGAUGACCGGGACACGUCUGGCCAGUCUGGAACAAGUUACACUAUGCACAGAGGAGGACAGCAGAACCAAGGAAACUAUGUACAAAGGGGCUUCCAACCAGUCUCUACGGCUUUUGAUAACUGCUAAAACCAGAUGAUAUCAGACUUAAACAUAUCAUGAAGACAUGCCUCAGGAACACACCAACACCUUUAUUUAAAAAAUGGUUCAUUAUCUUAAUAAGAAGCUUAAGCAGUUGCCAAUGUUCUGUAGUUAUAGUUUAAUGUCUUGAGUAUUCAAAUCAAUUGUUUUAAUGUGACAAGUAUUCUUGUAAUUAACAAUUUACUUGCGUAAAUGUACGUGCAUUCACAAAAA